CUGCGCGUGCGCACCGCUUCUCUUUCCGCCUCCGCUUGGAAACCUCACCUAGGAGGUCCGUGGCCCGAGGGAGGCGGCUCCUUUGUGUGUCGUUUGUUGAGUCGGGUUUCCAGGGUUUCCACGCCACCUGUGAAGGUCAACCGCGGUGGCCCACAGCUCCGCGCCUCUGCGGACUGCGGUUGGCCGUCGCCAUGACAGCGACCGCUGGGGGCCCCGGAUCUUGGAGUGAAAAUGUACUAGAAUAUUUUCUGAGAAAUAACCUGAUCACAACAGAAGAUGGCGCUGAGAUCGUCUGGUAUCAUGCAGCUAACCAUAAGGCACAACUGAAUGAGGCACUGAAAAGUACUGCUCACAUGAUAGAAGCUGAUGUCCUUCUUCCGAGUGAUGGGUCAGAAUAUAGCCAACCAAUCAUGGCCCAUCCUCCUGAAACAAAUAGUGAUAAUACUUUACAGGAAUGGCUGACUGCAGUUAUAAAAAGCAAUAAAGGCAUCAAGCUGGAUUUCAAGAGUCUGGCAGCUGUGGAACCAUCCAUGAUGCUCCUGGAAAAUGUGAAGAGACAUCUGAAACGUCCUGUGUGGAUUAAUGCUGAUAUUCUUCCUGGUCCAAAUGGAAAUAGCAGGGUAGUGGAUGCAAAACCUUUUAUAGACACGGUGACAUCCUUCUUUCCAGAUGUGACAUUUUCUCUGGGUUGGACAACAGGAUGGCAUCCUGAGAAAGUCAAUGAAGGUUACAGUUGGACAAUGGUAAAAGAAAUGGAGUAUAUAUGUAAGGAGCUAAAUCAGCCUGUAACAUUUCCUGUCAGAGCAGCUUUAGUCAGGCAGUCUUGUUCUCAGUUACUUUGGCUGUUAAAGAAAUCAAACAGGUACAGCCUGACUAUUUGGACUGGGAAAAAUGAUAACUAUUCCAUUGAAGAUUUGCUUUGCAUUAGAGACCAUUUUGACAAAAAACAAGUUUUCUAUGAUAUCUUGGAACCACAAAACCAUGAAUUUAAACAAGCCAUUGGAGUCAAAGUUAAUCUCUAAGAAGAUUCUUCUAAAUUAUUUCAUGUUUUGGUUUCAUAACCCUCUGCUUUGGUCUGAAUUAAUUACCAUAUAAAUUGUGAUGAUGACAUGGCUCUAAUUCAUCUAAUCAAAAAACACUUAGUGCUUAUUUUAUUAGGCUUAUAGCCUUAUGAUACUAUAUGUAUUUAAAAGAUUUGGAAAGAAAAGAUUUCAGUGGGCCUGGUCUAAUAAUAAUUUAGGACAAUUAUGUUUUAAACCCCUUUAUAAAAUGUAAUUUUGAUAUAUUGAAGGUAAUUGAAAGAAUUUACAUGUCAUAAACUAUAAUCAUAUUCUAUGCAAUACAGGUAUAAAUCACAUUUUGGUUGGCCUUGCAUUACAGAGAUUCCACUAAUUUAUGGUACCUUCUUUAUUUUUUCCUGAAAAACUGGUUAUUUCCAAGACUAAGUAAGAGUAAGAGGGCUUUAAAGAUGUUCUAAUUUUCACAGAGGUGAGCAGCUUUGUCAUAACAGAAUAAAAUCCAUUUACUGAAAACAAUAUAGAUUAAAUUAGAUGGAUCUAGAAUUUUCAUAUUGUUGAGAGCAUGCUGACAACUAUAUAUGUUUUUUUAUAUUCUUUGUUUCAAUUGUAGUAUUUUAUCUGUAGUAAGUACAAUACUACUGAAGAGCAGAAUUUUAAUCCUAGUAACAUAACAUUUGAUUUUCAAGUUUAUCACCAGGACCACCUUAGUUCAGGCCCUUGUUUUACUGCGAGAAUUUUAAAAAGUUCUUCAUGACUUCAUUGUUCACAUUCUACUCAGAAAUAUGCUGAGUAUUUCUGCUGAAGAAAACUUUUGUAAGCACCUCUUGCCAGAUCAGAAAGCUCCAAGGGUCUCUUAAAUGUCACUUUAUUAAGUUUAACUCUUUCAAGAUCUUUCAUAAUGUAGCCCACUCUAAACAUUACCUCAGUGACCUUCAGCAUGGUCAUCAUUUCAAAAAUGCCUGCAACAACAAUGGCCUCCAGAUCUUACUUUAACAGUUAAUUUUAAUUAUUUGAUAUUAUUCACUAAUUAUGUCAUACAUGUUAGUUUUAUCUGCUCAGCUAGGUUAUAUAAAGUCCUUCAUGGUAAGUGAACAUUCUUAACUGUCCUUUAUAGUGUGUGCCAUAAUCUUAAGCAAGGUACUCAGAAAAACACGUUACUUCUUUCAUUAUUGAAAAGAAACUUACCAGUGAAUGUCCUAAGAUACAUAAUUUGUCUUUGUUUAUCAACCUUUUCUCCCAGAGAAUAGUAGUGUAUAGAGAAAAGAGCUUGGGUUUUGAAUUCAGAUAAACCUCCCUUACAGCCCCACUUCUUUCCCUUUCUAGCUAUAGAUUUUGGGAAAUAUUUAACCCCACUGAGUCUUGGUUUCCUUACCUAAAAAAUGGAGGGAAAAUGAGGAUUCUUUUGAAGAGUUGUUAUGAAGAUUGAGAUUCACGGAAUAGAGGCAUCUAGCUCAAUGCUUAAUACACAGAAGGUACUCAACAAAGUCAGUUCCCUUCUUCUAGACCUGUCAUGUGAUCAUGUCCAUUGUAGAUAGAGAAGUAAGGGGUAUAACAUGAAACACUGUAGACAUAUAUUUAAAGAAGACAAUUAUAUUUCCACUUAAAAUUUUAGCUCCACUAAAUGCAGUGCUAUUUAUCAAAUAACACCUAAAACUUCACUUUCUAUGGUUGUUUGCCAAAAGGAAAAAUGCAAUUUUAUAAUUAUAAAAUUUUAACAAUAGCAACAAAGAAUAACUCUUAAAAUUAUAGUAAAAAUUAAUGUUUACUUUAUGAAUUUUCUAAAAUUACCACUCUUUAUAUUAUAGAGUUGAAUUUAUGAAUGAACUGCAUUUUAAUGAAGUUUUAAAUAAAACUAAUUUGUCCAGAAGA